UGUCCAUUUUCUGUUAUGUUUUUUGUAUUCUAUUUUUUAGUGUUUGCAUAUUUUACGCAUUCGGAGAUAAACUGUUUUACCCACAGAUCCAUAAAGAGUACGAAUUAUGUAGAAGAACACGAAGAAAUUUCCAACUCAAAAGUUGCUGCUCAACUUGAAGGAACGAUCCAUAAAACAAGCAAUCUUCAUAAUGAUUUAAAGUCCAAUUUUUUUGAUAAAUUACUUAGCGACGAAAUGCUACUUUUAGCGGAGCACAGGCAUGACCAAAGAGACAGUUCUAAAACGCCUUUAACCCAUUCAAGUAAAAGUCAUUUGAUUACUCCUGCUCCCGAAAUAAAACAAAAAUGGCCUAUCUUGAAACACAUAAAUAACGUAAGGAAUGUUGACAUAAUAGAUCAAAAUAAGCUCAUUAGUAUCGAAACAAAAAACAACGAUGAAUCGGAUGAAUACUUAGAUCCAUCAGCGAUAUCGGACAAAGCACUGCUUAAAUUGAACGCAAAUCAACUGGCUGAAUAUAACAGACCAAAUCGAAAUAAAGCGGGGUUAAAAAAAGAAAUUAAUAAAUCUUCAAAAAGUAUACCAAUUAACAGCAAAGUCAACGGGAUGAGAAGUUUAUCUGACCCUGGAGUGAAAGAAAAGCGUAAGUGUAAAACUAAUCCAUCAAGUCCAUGCAAAUGCGCGGGCGCCAGCAAUAAUAAAAAGAGAUGUACCCACGCGACUCCGAACGCCAAAGCGCACGAGUGUUCUCGCUAUGGCACUGCACCUGUAACGAACCACUCUUGCAGUCAGAGUCAGCCAUUGCCAGACUUUAUAACGUCUAAUCCAUACAGCUUCUACCCAUUUUAUUUACCCUAUACAUAUUUUGCUAGUGAAGCUCCGUUGGUUCCAUAUACAAUUAGCUAUCCGCAACCGAUAUUCAGCGAUUUGAAAAUUCCCCGCAAAUACAAACACAAAUGCCGUAAACUCACGACGCGUACAGACGACGAUUUAUAUUAUGAAGAUAACAGCCGUGAAAGAAGACCUUACGAUGAUAACGAGUAUUAUCACGACAGUAAGAAAGAUCCUACAAAAGGGAUCGUUUAUGAUGUUAAUCAAGAUGCACUUAUUAAAGAAAUUGUAAAGGAUUUGAAAAUUCAUAAUGAUAAGGAUUUCAUCAAGGAGUGCUACUGUGAUUCUUCUGUAAGCUCGUGUAGAUAUAAUAUUUUUAUACUCACACUCAUUAUAUCACUUUUAAAAUUGUUAUCGACAAUGUCGUUAUGUUUUGGCUUGGAAUAAACUUUCUCUACAAA